AUCUGCGCAAGAGCAGGGGCAUGACAGCGCCCACGCACAUUCUUCUGUCGGGCACGUCCGUGGGCUGGCAGGCGGUGAUCCCCUUCUCCCCCCAACAAUCAUCUCCCUCCUCCAGAUCUGCGCAAGAGCAGGGGCAUGACGGCACCAGCGCGCAUUCUACUGUCGGGCAGCUCGGCGGGCGGGCAGGCGGUCGUGACGCUGUGCGAUCUGCUGCCGCUUCUCUUCCCGCGCGCGCUCGUCAAGUGCAUCAUGGACGCGGGGCUCUUUACGCGGAGGACCGCACAAAGCGGCGGGCGUUUGCAGGCAUGGUGAAGGCCACGGUGGGGCUGCACAACAUGCGAGUCAACUGGCGCUGCAGUCAGACCAUGUCCCCCGCCAACCAGUGGCGCUGCUUCUUCCCGCACAAAGCGUUACGCUUCGUGUCGUCGCCCGUGCUGGCGGUGAACUCACUGUUUGACUACCGCGCGCUCAUGCUGGGCAACCAGCUGCCCGCCAACCAGGCCCAGGCCACCGCCUGCCUGCGCCAGAUCGCCAAGGAGGGCGGCACCAACCUGCUCAAGCUCGUCACCAGCCAGAGCUGGCGCCACGACCGGUCCACACUGGCGGAGAUUCAGUCAGGAGGGACGUUGUUUCCUGGAGGUGAUUAUAAGGGGGGGAGUUUGGAAAUUGGGUUGACGAGUACUGUGGAGGAAGGGGACAGUCCUGGAAACGGGAAGGGUGGGAAGAGGAAAGGAAAGGGGGGUGGUGGAGGAGCAGGGAAGGGAAGAAGGGUGAGGGGGUCAGCAGGUGCAGCAGCAGCUGAAGCAUCUGUGUGCGCGCCUGAGGAGCACAGGGCGGUGCUGAAUGUGGCAUGGCAGAUGAUUCAAUUCACGGAUGCUGCUUCCAUGGAGCUCGGACCCACCGUUAGCACGUUUGUCACACCCGCAAUCGCGCACUGCGCUCUGACCAGCCCAAAAUGGGACUCACUGAUGGACAAAGGCGUGACACUAAGAGAUGCCGUCACAACAUGGUAUAAACGGCCUCUUUGA